GCUUCGGCACAGGUAGGUUAAGAUUCACGGUCCGCCGCAUUUGCUGGUCCUAUGCGCACUCGACGCCCUGUCGCACACCAAUCUACCGCGGCCGACGAAAUGUGUGAGGAUUUGUUAACGGUGACACAGUGAGGUGAUCCUUAUAGUGAUUAUAAAGUGCAUGUGAUUGUGAUAUGACGAGGACGAGCAUCUAAUCGAGCCAUCUCGACAGCGGAUCUAACGAUCGGGUCUGUGACCACAUGCCGCUGUCAUCAUGGUGAUCGUUACUAGGGGCGAUUACAUAUGGAUCGAGCCGGUGUCUGGUCGAGAGUUCGACGUGGCCAUCGGGGCACGGGUGCUGGCAGCUGAAGGUCGCCGGAUCAGGGUGCGAGACGACGACGGUCAGGAACAAUGGCUGCCUCCGGAGCGCCGUAUCAAGGCCAUGCACGCUACAUCGGUCCAUGGAGUCGAGGACAUGAUAUCCUUAGGAGACCUCCAUGAGGCCGGCAUUUUGAGGAAUCUCCUAAUUAGAUAUAAUGAGAAUCUCAUUUAUACUUACACGGGAUCAAUAUUAGUAGCAGUGAACCCGUACCAGAUCCUGCCGAUCUACACGGCAGACCAGAUAAAGUUAUACAAAGAGCGCAAGAUCGGUGAGCUACCACCGCACAUCUUCGCGAUAGGCGAUAAUGCGUACGCGCAUAUGCGGCGGUACGCGCAGGACCAGUGCAUCGUGAUCAGUGGAGAAUCUGGCGCGGGGAAGACCGAGUCUACAAAGCUGAUUCUGCAGUAUUUGGCAGCCAUCAGUGGUAAACAUUCGUGGAUAGAACAACAGAUUUUAGAAGCAAACCCAAUUUUAGAAGCAUUCGGUAAUGCCAAAACAGUGCGGAAUGAUAACUCUUCCCGGUUUGGCAAAUACAUAGACAUCCAUUUCAACAGUGGAGGCGUCAUCGAAGGCGCUAAGAUAGAGCAGUAUCUUCUUGAGAAGUCCAGGAUUGUAAAUCAGGGCACAGAGGAAAGGAACUACCAUGUAUUUUAUUGUUUAUUGGCUGGUUUGUCGAAAGACGAAAAGAAGAAGUUGGAAUUAGGCGACCCAUCAGAAUAUAGAUAUCUAUCAGCGGGUGGCAGUUUUUCUUGCGAAGGUCGUGAUGACGCUGCUGAAUUCGCCGAUAUUCGAUCCGCUAUGAAAGUGCUGUUGUUUACAGAAUCAGAAAUAUGGGAAAUAUUGAAGCUAUUGGCAGCAGUGCUGCAUUGUGGUAACAUAAAGUAUGAAGCGACUAUCAUAGAUAACUUAGAUGCAACUGAGAUAACGGAACAAGCGAACGUGCGGCGAGUCGCUUCCCUGUUAGGAGUGCCGAUGCAGGCGCUGAUUGACGCGCUUACUAGAAAAACAUUAUUUGCUCAUGGAGAAACGGUCGUAUCUACAUUAAGCAGAGACCAGUCCGUAGAUAUAAGAGACGCUUUCGUCAAAGGCAUAUACGGUCGCCUAUUCGUAACUAUCGUAAAGAAAAUUAAUGCAGCUAUAUACAAACCCAAAGCUACGACCCGUACUGCUAUUGGCGUUUUAGACAUUUUUGGUUUCGAAAAUUUCGACCAAAAUAGUUUUGAACAAUUUUGUAUAAACUUUGCCAACGAAAAUUUACAACAAUUUUUUGUUAGACACAUUUUUAAAUUAGAACAGGAGGAGUAUAAUCACGAAGGAAUAAAUUGGCAACAUAUAGAAUUUGUUGACAAUCAAGAUGCAUUAGACCUUAUUGCUUUGAAGCAACUGAAUAUAAUGGCGCUAAUAGAUGAAGAAUCCAAGUUUCCAAAAGGAACUGACCAAACUAUGUUAGCGAAGCUUCAUAAAACUCAUGGAUUGCAUCGAAACUACUUGAAGCCAAAGUCUGAUAUAAACACCAGUUUUGGCUUGAAUCAUUUUGCAGGAAUAGUAUUUUAUGAUACACGAGGAUUUCUAGAGAAAAAUCGGGAUACAUUUAGUGCAGAUUUGUUACAGCUAAUACACAUAUCAACAAAUAAAUUUCUACAACAAAUUUUCCAAGAUGACAUAACUAUGGGUUCAGAGACGAGAAAACGUACUCCAACACUAUCUACACAAUUUAAGAAAUCAUUGGAUUUGCUUAUGAGGACCCUGGGUACUUGCCAACCGUUUUUCAUACGUUGUAUAAAACCAAACGAAUUUAAGAAGCCCAUGAUGUUUGACCGGGGCCUUUGUUGUAGACAGCUCAGAUAUUCAGGAAUGAUGGAAACAAUAAGAAUCAGGCGAGCCGGUUAUCCUAUUCGACAUAGUUUCAAAGAGUUUGUAGAAAGAUAUCGAUUUUUAAUAUCCGGAGUUCCACCUGCUCACAAAACCGAUUGCCGAGCAGCUACAGCCAAAAUUUGUGCAUCUGUUCUGGGUAAAUCAGAUUAUCAACUGGGGCACACUAAAGUUUUUCUAAAAGAUGCCCAUGACUUGUUCCUAGAACAAGAAAGAGAUAGGGUACUUACACGAAAAAUUCUAAUCUUGCAAAGGUCAAUACGGGGCUGGGUUUAUAGGAGAAGAUUUUUGAAGAUGAGAGCGGCUGCUGUUUUGAUACAACGUCAUUGGCGCGGUAAGCUGCAAAGAAUCCGGUAUAAUAAGAUGAAAGUCGGAUACGCAAGAUUGCAAGCCCUCAUCCGAGCUAGAGUGUUGGCUCACAGAUUCAGGCAUCUACGAGGACACAUCGUAUCUUUACAAGCCGCAGCUCGUGGAUACCUCGUCCGUCGCUCAUACGGUCACAAAAUGUGGGCGAUCGUGAAGAUCCAGAGCCAUGUUCGUCGGCUGAUAGCUAUGAGACGGUACCGGAGGAUGAAACAGGAAGCUAAAGCCCACACUGAGGCUCUUAGGUUGAGGAGACAGGAGGAGCAAAGGCUACAGCACCAGGGCAACACGCGCGCUAAAGAGAUCGCUGAACAAAACUACAGGGAGCGGAUGUAUGAGUUAGAGCGGCGCGAAGCAGAAUUGGUAUUAGAAGAGAAACGCCAACUAGAAGCCAAGAGGACCUUGUUACAAGAAGCGGCUCGCAAGCAAGAGGAGCCGGUGGAUGACAGUAAACUGGUGGAGGCUAUGUUUGACUUCCUUCCUGACUCCAGCAGUGAAGCUCCCGCACCUAAAGAUACCUCCGUCUUCAGUGAUCUCCCACAGCCGAGAGCUGAUCAACAAGAGAUGGUGACUCCAAUGCAAACUACUUCAGAAGAUGAGGAAGAUUUGUCAGAGUUUAAGUUCCAAAAGUUCGCAGCUACUUAUUUCCAAGGAAACGUCACACAUCAAUACUCAAAGAAACCACUGAAACACCCAUUAUUGCCACUGCAUACACAAGGCGAUCAAUUGGCUGCACAAGCAUUAUGGAUAACAAUUCUGCGUUUCACUGGAGACUUGCCUGAGCCAAGGUUCCACACCAUGGACCGGGACAACACAUCUGUCAUGUCCAAGGUGACGGCGACUCUUGGACGCAACUUCAUUAGAUCCAAAGAGUUCCAGGAAGCUCAGAUGAUGGGCGUAGACCCUGACGCUUAUCUAAACAAACAAAAACCGCGGUCUAUCAGGCACAAGUUGGUAUCGCUAACCUUGAAACGGAAAAACAAGCUUGGUGAAGACGUCAGGAGAAAGUUACAGGAUGAAGAAUACACAGCUGAUAGCUAUCAAUCGUGGUUAGAAUCUCGACCUACGUCUAAUUUGGAGAAGUUGCAUUUCAUCAUUGGCCAUGGAAUUCUGCGCGCUGAAUUGAGGGACGAAAUAUACUGCCAGAUUUGUAAGCAACUAUCAGGAAACCCUUCCAAAUCAUCACACGCAAGGGGCUGGAUACUGUUGUCCUUGUGUGUUGGAUGUUUUGCUCCAAGUGAAAAGUUCGUUAAUUAUCUCAGGGCUUUUAUAAGAGAGGGACCACCAGGGUACGCUCCAUAUUGUGAAGAUCGUUUAAAGAGAACUUUCAAUAAUGGAACCAGAAACCAACCUCCAUCUUGGUUGGAACUUCAAGCAACAAAGUCUAAAAAACCUAUAAUGUUGCCUAUUACGUUUAUGGAUGGUAAUACUAAAACAUUAUUAGCCGAUUCAGCCACAACUGCAAGAGAACUAUGUAACCAGCUGUCAGACAAGAUAGGUUUACGUGACCAGUUUGGAUUUUCAUUAUACAUUGCAUUAUUCGAUAAAGUCAGCUCAUUAGGCAGUGGUGGAGAUCACGUAAUGGAUGCAAUAUCACAAUGUGAACAAUACGCGAAGGAGCAAGGAGCUCAAGAGAGAAACGCACCCUGGAGAUUAUUCUUUAGGAAAGAAAUAUUUGCACCAUGGCAUGAUCCUACUGAAGAUCAAGUAGCUACAAAUCUCAUUUACCAACAAGUGGUGAGAGGAGUUAAGUUUGGUGAAUACAGAUGUGAUAAAGAAGAAGACUUGGCCAUGAUCGCCGCUCAACAAUAUUACAUCGAGUAUAGCCAAGAUAUGAACACAGAACGGCUGUACACAUUACUUCCAAAUUAUAUUCCAGAUUAUUGUCUAACGGGUGUUGAAAAAGCUGUAGAUAGAUGGGGAGCUUUAGUAGUACAAGCUUAUAAAAAGAGUUAUUAUGUGAAAGAAAAAGUUCCAGCGUAUAAAGUUAAAGAAGAUGUAGUAAGCUAUGCAAAGUUUAAGUGGCCUUUAUUGUUCUCUAGAUUCUAUGAAGCGUAUAGAAAUUCAGGGCCUAAUUUACCCAAAAACGACGUUAUAAUAGCAGUAAAUUGGACAGGCGUUUAUGUCGUUGAUGAUCAAGAACAAGUAUUGCUUGAAUUGUCUUUCCCAGAAAUAACGACUGUGUCAAGUCAAAAAACUAACAAAGUAUUCACACAGACGUUUAGUUUGUCAACUGUAAGAGGUGAAGAGUUCACGUUCCAAAGUCCGAAUGCCGAAGAUAUUCGUGAUUUAGUCGUUUACUUUUUAGAAGGCUUGAAAAAGAGAUCGAAAUAUGUGAUUGCUUUACAAGACUACAAAGCACCAGGGGAAGGUUCCAGCUUUUUGACAUUCCAAAAAGGAGAUCUUAUUAUUUUAGAAGAAGAUAGUACUGGGGAAUCAGUAUUAAAUAACGGAUGGUGUAUAGGCCGCUGUGAGAGGACUAUGGAAAGAGGAGAUUUUCCGGCUGAAACUGUUUAUGUUUUGCCUGCAUUGUCUAAGCCACCACCAGAUAUUCUGAACCUUUUCUGCCAAGAAGGUGCACAACAUGGUAGACGAAUUCCAGCAGCUACAUUUAACGGAACAGAUACUAGGGACAAACCGCACACUUUACUAGAAUAUGCUUUAGAUCACUUUAGGCUUCCACCGAAACGUACCGUAUCGAAGGCUCUGACAUUAUCGACAGCUAAACGUGGUGGCGCGGAAGAAUUAUGGAAGCAUUCUAGGGAACCAAUCAAAUUGCCCUUGCUGAAGAAAUUACAAACUAAAGAAGAGCUCGCGGAGGAAGCCUGCUUCGCAUUCACAGCGUUACUGAAGUACAUGGGCGACCUCCCAUCCAAACGACCUCGUAUAGGCAAUGAAUACACGGAUCAUAUUUUCGAUGGACCACUAAAGCAUGAGAUUUUGAGAGAUGAAAUAUAUUGCCAAAUAAUGAAACAACUGACUGACAAUAGAAACAGACUGUCGGAAGAGAGAGGCUGGGAACUGAUGUGGUUAGCAACUGGGCUUUUUGCUUGUAGUCAAGGCUUACUUAGAGAGUUAACAUUAUUUUUAAGGACCAGAAGACAUCCUAUUGCUCAAGAUUCUCUACAAAGAUUACAAAAGACCUUGCGCAAUGGACAGAGAAAGUAUCCCCCGCAUCAAGUGGAAGUCGAAGCUAUACAACAUAAAACAACGCAAAUAUUCCACAAAGUAUAUUUCCCAGAUGACACGGAUGAAGCAUUUGAAGUAGAUUCGUCGACCAGGGCUAAAGACUUCUGUCAAAAUAUCGCACAGAGACUGAAUCUUAGAUCUAGUGAAGGCUUUAGUUUAUUUGUUAAGAUAGCGGAUAAGGUAAUAUCUGUGCCAGAAGGCGAUUUCUUCUUCGACUUCGUGAGGCACCUUACAGACUGGAUCAAAAAGGCUAGACCUACGCGUGAUGGAAUCACACCACAAUUUACUUACCAGGUCUUUUUCAUGAAGAAGCUAUGGACGAACACCGUACCUGGUAAGGACCGCGCCGCGGACGUGAUCUUCCACUUCCACCAGGAGCUGCCGAAGCUGCUGCGCGGGUACCACCGCUGCGGCCGCGAGGAAGCCGCUCGCCUCGCCGCGCUGGCCUACCGCGCUCGCUUCGGGGACAACAAGCAAGAGCUGCAAGCGAUUCCGCAAAUGUUACGGGAACUGAUCCCAGCUGAUCUGAUAAAACUGCAAAGUUCAGCCGACUGGAAGCGAGCGAUCGUAGCCUCCUACAACCAAGACGCUGGGAUGACGCCUGAGGACGCUAAAAUCACUUUCCUCAAAGUCAUAUACCGAUGGCCGACCUUCGGAUCUGCCUUUUUUGAGGUCAAGCAAACGACGGAACCGAAUUACCCGGAGAUGCUGCUGAUUGCCAUCAAUAAACAUGGAGUCAGCUUAAUACAUCCUCAAUCAAAGGAUAUCUUGGUCACACACCCGUUCACAAGAAUAUCAAAUUGGUCUUCCGGCAACACAUACUUCCAUAUGACUAUUGGCAACUUGGUGAGAGGAUCAAAGCUGCUCUGUGAAACCUCGCUCGGUUACAAAAUGGACGAUCUUCUCACUUCAUACAUUUCGCUCAUGUUAACUAAUAUGAACAAACAACGUUCUGUCCGUGUUAAAUGAAAUAUGGAGAAGUUGUAGCUAUAGUAGACAGUGCAUUUUAUCUGCUUAGUUCAAGAGUGCUUUAACAGUGUACUUGCAAAUUAAUUGUUUUCAGUAAUACCCUAAGCAGAUAUAAUUAUGUCCAAAAUAGUUCAUUUAUUUCAAACUUUAGUACACUGCUACAUAAAUAUGAAUGCUUAUUACUUAGGUACGUCGCAUGCUUAUAGCUACUUUAUUUUUAAACAUAUUGUCAUAUAUCUUGUACAUCACAUAUGUAUAUGUUAGAAACGUGUGUAAAAAUAGAGGUUAAUGCACAAUAUAUCGAAAUUAAAGCAUGUUUUAUAGUUACACUGUAACAUACAUAUAUAAAACCAACAUAUAAGUUGAUGUGUUUUAUAAAAAUAUUAUGAAUAUAUCCGUCCAAAACUUGUUAAUAUUUAUAUCCCGAAAAAUUGGGGACUCACAUGACUAUUUAUUUAAGUACAAUAAAGAAUUUAUCACACACAAUUAUAUUUAUAGGAUACCUAAAUUGCGCCAAAUCAGAUCAUCCGUUUAUUUUUUGUAAGUGCGUCAAAGUCGAGUAUACUUACUAUUAUAGAUCUGUUAUUAUAUAAUAAAACAUAAGAUAAUUAAGAUUAAUAAAGUAAAGAACUAUCCAGUUCAUUCUUUUAUUUGUAUUUCAAAAAUGUACUAAACAAUUUUAACUACUUAUACUUACAUACAAUUUUUAUCGUCUUAUUUUCAAAUACUAGCGGGUUUCUGAAUAUCAUAAUAAUUUGAGAAGUUUUUUUAAAUCAAUGAUCAAAAAUAACAAUACAUAAAAUAAAAUAAAUUAAAACAAAAUAAACUGAUUACUUUAAAGCGUAUAGUGUUAUAGCUACUUAUUAAUUUGAAGUAUAGCUUAUCUUAAAACAAAAGAUAUUGUUUUAUUUUUGUAUUCAUAUUUUUAAUCACCUUUUUUUUAUAAAAUAUAGAUAAGUUUAAAGGUUAUUCGAGUACGUAGAGAUGGAAUGUAUUUAUUUAUUAGUCGUACGAUCAAACUUAACGUAAAAUUGUCUGUUAUGCCAUGUGUUCGGAGACAAUUUAUAUUUUGUUCUACUUCGCUUUAAAGUCAAAAGUUGCAUUUGUGAGUGGUUGUAAACAUGAGUCACAAUGAA